CAAUAUGUUCGAGUGGUGGCUUCUUUGUCUGUGCCUUCAGUGGCUUGUUCGUGCGGAGGCUGCUGAGCCUGCGGAUCCGUUGCUGGCCCUCACUGCCAAGGACUUCCAGCUGGAGUUUCUGCGUGAGCUGACCGCCCUGGCUGAACAGCGGGCUGAGCUGAGCCUUAACAAUUACCUGGCCCAUUUGGAAGGCGAUGAGCAAUAUGCCAACUAUACUAGCGAGUUGGGUGCAGUCCGAUCGACAGCAAAGCUCCAGCACAAGGUGACGCUCAUAAAGCAGCUGUUGGACGCUAAGCCCCACCAGGAAACGGAUCUAGAGCACACCACUGUGUUGCGGAACCUGGUCUUCCUAAACCGCUUGAAGGCCAUGUUUAGGGCAAGCAGGGAUGCCAGUACUCAGGAGAUCAGACAGCUACGUUUGCAUCGGCUUUGCCAGCAAUUCGACCAUCCGGCGGCGCCUCCUCGCAGGCCCAGCUUGAUCAACGAGCAGACCGUCGGAGCAGCCGUGCAGCGAUUGAACCUCACCAGAAGCGGGGACCCCUCCAACGCCCUGGAUCUGAACCAGUUUGGGGCGCAGCUCUACGAGAGAGUGAAACUCUCCGGAGCCGAGAUAAUCGAUAAUUACCUACAGAUUCUGCGUGGUUUGCUGCAGGAUAUCAUUGAGGGCGAGCACGCGGAUCUCGCCGAGAGCAGCAGCCGGCUAGACAACAUGCUGCUCCAGUUGGAUGGCAUGCUGGCCACGCAGGACUUCUUCGAAAAGCGGCAGAAGGUAUACGCCUACCUGGAGCGCCACCUGAGCACCGAUUACGAGGAGCUGAGGGAUUCGGCAGGGGCUGAGCAUCAUCUUACGGAGCAGCUGCUAGCCCAGCUGAAGGCCAAGGGCUUGGACCUUUUUGUAAUUUUUCUGUUCAGCAACUUUGAAUUCCUGGAGAAGGUGCACGAGCACUGGGCCCAGAUGCUGCCGCAAGACUCCAGUCUGCUGUUGGAUGAGACCUCGCGGCGUCUCUACGACCUACAGCAGCUCUACGAGAUCUUUAAGCUUGACACGGAGAGUCAAGCGAAGUACGAGGCCUACACAGACGCCCUGCGCCGACUGCACGAGCUCACCGUGGAGCAAGGCCAGCGUAACCGCCACAUCUUCGAGCUGCUCAGCAAUGCCGCCCAGAACGUCGGCAGCGUCACCUUCAACAUGAUCAAGGCCAAGUGCAAGGACCUAAUCUGAGAGAAAUUAGUUGGAUAACAUUUUGCAGUUUAAAGUUUCAAAAUCUGGAGAUUUUGUUGAUGAACUUAUAAAUAUUAUAAAUAUAUCUACAUAGAAACAGAAAUCAGCAUGGUAUAUAAACGAUGA